CUGCGAGGGCGAUUCCAGCGCCAGCCUGGACCGCCGGCCCAGGGCCCGGGAUCCUCUCAGGAGCUUUCGUUGCCCCGAAGACCGGUGCUUCGCUCAGGCUUCCCUGCCCGCGUGUCCGUGACGCGAAUCAGUCCUUCGGGGCGGCGGGGCCGGGCCUGCGCUCCCCGCCUCGGUCCUCGCGCGAGGGCCGUGCCCACCGCUCGAACCCCGGGCCCUGCGCCACGGGGGACGAUGAAAAUCCCAGCGCUUACUCUGACGUUCCCGCUAGUGUGGAGGGAAGGGCCCGCGUAAGCCCCCAGAAAGUUCUAGAACAGGUCGUCUGGGGGCAGGAAACCAGAUACUUGAAAGUGAAGAUACCAGGGUGCUCUAGUGAUGGGCUGCUGUCAUUUUGAGGAGAAAAGAAGAAUUUGGGGCGAUCCUACUGAGAUAAACUUGUGGUAAAAUGGAGAUGGAGUUAGAAAACUUGUCAUCAGUGGAUGAAGUGGGUCUCAGGUUGCAGCGUCUUAGUCCAGAUGUGGUCCUCGGACGGAGUUAUUUAUAGAGUAAGUAUGCUAAUACUGAGUAAGACAGCAGGAGUCUUUUCUAAACCAGCAAGAAGGAAAACUUACGAAUUUUUAAGAAUUUUUAAUUUUCAUCCUGGAAAACCGUUUCUUCAUAAACUAGUAUUGGGAAUCGAAACCAGUUGUGAUGAUACGGCAGCUGCUGUGGUGGAUGAAACUGGAAACAUUUUGGGAGAAGCGAUACAUUCCCAAACUGAAGUUCAUUUAAAAACAGGUGGGAUUGUUCCUUCAGUAGCUCAGCAGCUUCACAAAGAAAAUAUUCAGCGCAUAGUGCAAGCAGCUCUCUCUUCCAGUAAAGUCUGUCCACGUGAACUCUCCGCAGUCGCAACCACUGUAAAACCAGGACUUGCUCUAAGCCUGGGAGUAGGCUUAUCAUUUAGCUUACACCUAGUAGACCAGUUAAAAAAACCUUUCAUUCCCAUUCAUCAUAUGGAGGCUCAUGCUCUGACUAUUAGGUUGUUAAAUAAAGUAGACUUUCCCUUCUUAGUUCUUUUGAUUUCUGGAGGCCAUUGUCUAUUGGCAUUAGUCAGAGGAGUUUCAGAUUUUCUGCUUCUGGGGAAGUCUUUGGACAUAGCACCAGGUGACAUGCUUGACAAGGUAGCAAGAAGACUGUCUUUGAUAAAACAUCCAGAGUGCUCCACCAUGAGCGGUGGGAAGGCUAUAGAACAUUUGGCCAAACAAGGAAAUAAACUGCAUUUUGAUAUCAAACCUCCCAUGCAACGAGCUAAAAAUUGUGAUUUUUCUUUUUCUGGACUUCAGCAUGUUGUUGAUAGGAUAAUAACACAAAAGGAAAAAGAGGAAGGGAUCCAGAAGGGGGAAAUCCUGGCUUCAGCUGCACACAUUGCUGCUGCGGUACAGCACACGACAGCGUGUCACAUUGCGAAGAGAACUCACCGUGCCAUUCUGUUCUGCAAGCAGAGACGCCUGUUAACUCCAAGUAAUGCAGUACUGGUUGUGUCUGGAGGUGUCGCAAGUAACUUAUACAUCCGAAAAGCUCUGGAAAUUGUAACAAAUGCAACAGAGUGCACUUUGUUGUGUCCCCCUCCCAGACUGUGCACUGACAAUGGCAUUAUGAUUGCAUGGAACGGUAUUGAAAGAUUGCGUGCUGGUGUGGGCGUUUUACACAACACAGAAGGCAUCCGCUAUGAACCCAAAUGUCCUCUUGGAGUAGACAUAUCAGAAGAAGUUGGGGAAGCUGCCAUAAAAGUACCACGGUUAAAAAUGGACAUUUGAUUUUUGCUUUUCAAAAAAAUCCCUAAAGGUAGUAUUUCAGCAUUAAGUUGUGAUUUUUUUUUUUGUAUUUCAAAUUGUGGAAGAUGCACGAUAUUAAUUGUUCAUCAAUACUUUCUUUUGUUUUUCUUUAUGUUUGAUAUUUAACCCAGUCUUCUGAGAAUCUGUAGUAAGAUGUUAUAGUUUUAUAAU